AUGGCUCCUUUUUCAGAAAGUCAUGGGAUUAAAAAAAAUGUGGGUUUUAUUCUUGAUUCAUAAAAUUUUCAUUUUUUCCAUUGUUCACUUCGUGGAGUUGACUCACCGUUGAAGUUUGAAGAAAAAAAAUUUUUUUGAAUGAGUUAAAUUCUUUGUUGUCGAAAGCUGCUUCGAAAAAAAUAUUGAAAUUUAUAUUCGAAAAUAUACAGGCGAAUCGAGAGGAUACCAUAAUGUGCCCCAACUUGAUACCUCCAGCAUACCUUUUAGAUGUAUCUAAGCCACCUCGGAAGUAUUUGAGAGUCUCUCUCAAGUCCAUCUCAUUUUCCUUAACAAAUAACACUCAAAGGUAUACGCGAGGUACCAUCGUCAGACUUCAAAGCCUGCGAUAUACCUCAUAGAGUCUCGCAAGACCCUUUCUCGAUUCGCAUAUGUAAUAAAUUCAGCUGUUGCGUAGGUUGGUUAUCGCUAUCGUACAGAUAGAGAAAGAGAAAUUCAUCAAGUCACGCUUCGUUUUUCAAAGUUUAGUAAUUAUAAACGACUUUUUUUUUAGCAAAAAUCACGCUCUGGUCGCAAAAUUUUAAUCGAUCAGUCCAAGCAGCAGCAGCUAAGUUUGAUAUCCGGGUUUCGUGGUAUCGCUAGACAUCUCAAGAGUCAAUGGACCGUUGAACUGUGAGUUGGAAAACAAGUCUUUCUGCUGGACCUCUCAAACCGUUCGAUCUAAUGGCCGAAAAAAAAUAUGUUUUGUCUGUAAACGUCCAAAAGAGAAUGAAUUCAGGAACACGGAAAAGUUCAUACCAAGCACUUUUGACGAUGUACGUGCAGUCGUCAUUGCAGCGCCGAAGUUGCCAUACUCCUCAAGCGAGGUUAUCUCCUUUUUGCGGCUUUUAGCAGCGGGAACUGCAGAUUGACGCGCUUCACAGCUUCAUGCAAGAGGGUGGAGGUCUUCUGGUGCUUCUCGGCGAGGGACAGCAAGUGGCGCUCAACGUCAAUGGGCUCUUGUCAAAAUAUGGAAUCUCUGCAAAUGCUGGUAUAUUUUUUUUUUGGACUGAUGAAAAGUGAAAGGCUUGAAAAUUGCAGACUGUGUCAUUCGAACCAUAUAUUACUACAAGUACUUUGACCCGAAAGAAGCGCUCGUUUCCAACGGCGUCGUCAACCGCGCAGUCGCGGCAGCUGCCAAGAAACCCAUCUCUUCAGAACAACGCGAAAACGCCCAGUAUCUCGAGCGGAUCAUCUACUAAUAAGUUUGCGCAGGUCCCUAGUCUUCGUCUAUCCGUUUGGGUGCACCUUGAACGUCGAACGCAAGGCGACGGUUGCCUUGUCCAGCGGGAGCGCCUGCUUCCCAGUGGCCAGACCCAUCGCCGUUCUCCAUCAGGUCGACAGCUCCCAGGAUCAGGUUCAUCUUUGCGUCAGUUCCCUUCUUCAUCUUUUUUCAGACGAUGGCUUCUGGGCGGAUCGCCGUCGUCGGCUCGCUUCUCAUGUUUCAUGACAACUACAUAGACAAAGAGGAAAAUGGCAAAAUUUUUGUUGGUUUUUCAAAACUUUUGUAAAAAAAAAUCUUUGCUAAACUAUACUCUCGUACCUUUUUAUUGACGACCCACACCCAAUUUUGUGGACUAUAUCGCAGCGAGAGUAACGCUAUACCACGGGGGAGCCGCGAGCGAUAUCGCUCGCCUCUCGCUUCGACCUCGCAAACGUCUUGCGCUAUAUCGCUCUCUGAAAAAUUUUUUGAAGGAAUUUUCUUCUUGUUCCCUUCAAAAUCAAUCAAAUUCAAGAAGAAUUUUUCUUCAAAAAUUUUUUUUUUUUUGAAUUUGAGUGAUUUCAUCAUAAAAGUCAAAAAUAAAGCAAAAAAAAAUGUUUUUCAAAUUUCAAAUUUUUAAGAGGGAGCGAUAUGGCAGCGAGACUUUGACGAGGUCGCAGCGACAUGUUGACGAGAUCACAGCGAGAAGCCUUGGCUAUAUCGCGUGCGGCCCGCUGCGAUAUCGGCAAUUAUGUUGGGUGCACGUCUUGGCUAACAAAUAGAAGAACAAAAAUUUUAAAAAACGGCAGGACGUUUUCAUCGAUUACAUCACGAGCAGCGGCUUCGAGUUGAACACCAUCGAUGCGACCGAACCCGACAUCAAUCACUACAUGCACAUCCCUGACCUGCUGCACCUCUCCGAGCAGCUCAAGGUUUCAAAGGACUUUUUCGCUGGAAAACGUUCGGUUUGAGGUUUGCAUGUUUGAAGGUGAUAUGAACGGCCUCGUAUCAACCAACUUCAUCAAGACUUUCGACGCCUCCUUGUCAUCUUUCGAUCUGAGCAUGUGGCCGCGGGUUCUGAGGUUCCCUUUUGCAUAUUAUAAUUUCCACUUCUGAGGCUUUCUUAAGAACGCUAAAGGGGUCUUGGUGCCCCAGUUAGGAGCAAAAUUUAGAGAGUCCCUAUACGGGUUCAGGUUCUGUCCGUGACCACCUAAAGAUGAAGUGUUCCCUGAAGGGUUUUUCAAUUUUUGGUUCAGAUUUGAGAGUUAAAAAUAAAAACUCAAUCCUUUCAUUAUAUGUUGAUAUAUUUCACUUGCAGUUUUUCGCAUGGAAAUGCUUCUUCUCAUUGAGUUCCAUCAUGCUCCCAUUGAGUGACGAAUUCUGCAGUCUUAAGUAUCUCUUAUAGAAAGAAGUUAAGGUGGUCCCUAGAGGGUACUUUUGUAGAGUUCCUAAGUUUUCGUAAGCAAUAAAUCGAAUCGAAGAUGAUAACACUUCAAUGACCAAAUAGUUAUCGUAGAACUAAUUGUUGAAAAUGAAGCCGUCUUGACCCCGAUUCAGAUCAUAUCAAGAGUUGCGAGUUCCAGCUGAACAGCUCUCUUUGAUUGUGCCUCAAUUUGAAGUCCCUUUGCCACCGCUGGAACCAGCUGUGAGUGCACCAAGUUUUCGAUGAGGCUAAGAUAUUAUAUUUGAGGUAUUUCCGCCCAACUUUCAAGAACUACAGCCCCCGCAGCUCGAGCUUUUCGACUUGGAUGAGCUGUUCAGCAGCCCAGAGAAACGUCUCUCUCAGCUUGCCAACAAGUGUACGUCAUUAUUAAAAAAUUACGCUUUUGUACAUAAAAAGUUCAAGGCGAGGAAAGCGACAUCGAGUAUUUCAUUCGCGAGGCUGGGGAGAUCACCGGCGUCAGCAAUCAGCUGCCCAAGAGUCAGAAGCAUGCCAAAGGCAUUCUUGAGCACAUCGUCGCCAAGUUGUAUCUUUUCAAGAAGGCGGCACAAGUCGGCACCCAAACUUUUCAUUUCUCAAACUUUUCUCCAUUGAAGGAAUCGGCGGAAAUGACGGCAGCUGGACUGUACGAUGUCCGUUUACUGCAAGACAAAGAAGAAGAAGAAGAUCGCGAUUCACAUUUUAACCAGGAGAUCGGAGAGCAAAUGUUUUCAGAUAUUGAAGAUUUCGACGAUUUAUAG